GCCCAAACAAAGCUUGUGUGCACAUCACUCCCCACCAUUGCUAUCUAACAAUGGCACUCAUCCACCACCUCUUCCUCCUCUCUCUCCUACUCCCCCUCUCCUCCUUUGCCACCGCCGACGAUCCCAUCGGCCACUACUGCAGCAACAGCUUCAAGGGCACCCAAACACAAACCAACAUCAACGCCAUUCUCUCCGACCUCGUCGUCAGGGCUUCGGUCGGCGGCUUCGCUGUCUCCUCCUCCGGAAAAGGCAAAAGCGAGGUCUACGGCCUCGCACAGUGCCGGGGCGACGUCCCAGACACCGACUGCGCCUCAUGUCUCUCCGACGCAGCAAAGCAGCUCACUGCGUCGUGCCUUGGCUACGCAGAUGCCAGGAUCUGGUACGACUACUGCUUCCUCCGUUACGACACCGACAACUUCAUCGGGCAAUCCGACACGAGCUAUGCGAUCAUCCUCAUCAACGUCGACAACGCGACGAACCCCGAGGCGUUCGACAAGGCGGCGGGGAAGUUGCUGAGGAAGGCGGCAGACGACGCAGCUGCGGAGGGGAACGAAGGGCUCGGGAGGGAGCAGGCGCAGUUCACACCGUACAUCACGAUAUACGCUCUCGCGCAGUGCACACGCGAUCUCCAGCCGUUGGUUUGCGCGCAGUGUUUGGCAUCAGCGGUGGAGACGGUGCCAAACUACUGCAUGUUUAGGAAGGGGUGUAGGGUUCUCUACAGUAGUUGCAUGGUGCGUUACGAGAUAUACCCCUUUUAUUUCCCUCUUGAUCCCAGUAGUAGCAAUAGUGCUAGUAAUGUUGCAGUGGGGGAAUACGCAAAGGUCGUGUUGUACCCAUGAGAUGAUACAUCAAGGUGUUUGAUUGAUGUUUUAAGCUUUAAAUAAAAUUAAGAUCUUCUACGUAACUACGUCGAGGAUCUUGUUGAAGUAAAUUAAUCUAUAUUUACCGAUGUUUGUGGGAUCAAGUAGCAGCAGUAGUGCUAGUAAUGUUGCAGUGGGGGAGUACGCAAAGGUCAUGUUGUACCCAUGAGAUGAUAUCCGGUGUUUGAUUGAUGUUUUAAUCUUUCAAUAAAAUUAAGAUAUUCUACUUAACUACGUCGAGGAUCUUGUUGAAAUAAAUUAA